CCGCGGCCCGAGCGGGGGGCCCCCCCCGAGAGCAGGGCGGGCGCGGGGGCCGGCCGCCCGAGCCCCGGCUGCGGCAGGGCCCCCCGCCGCGCGGGAGGUGCCGCGCGCCCGGCGCCGCGGGUUUGGGUCCCCCGGGGCCGUCACGGCUCGGUCCGGCUCGGGAGCUCCCUCGCAGAUUGCGGGCCGACGGUUCUGGCCGUGCUUCUUGGCACGGCGCCGUGGUCUGUUCUCGGCGUCGGUCACCGUCCGCGCGCACCGAUGGGCUUUGCGGUGGCCCUCGCCUCGAUCCUGGCAGUGGGAGCGUGGGCAGAGUCUUGGGAGGCGGACCUACGUCGCGCGAAACAGAGGGUGCCACGAGCCGAAUGGCGAGGACAGGGCACGCUGGCGUCGGCCAAUGCCAAGCUGAAUGAACACCUGGCCGCCAACCAAAACCUUCGCCUGAAAGCGUGCGAGCAGUUCACGGUCACCGAGCUCCGCGCAACGUUGCGGCAUCUAUUCCUACAUGUUUCAGAAGAGUUGUGGCAAGUAUACCAGCAUGGAGAUGGUCGCCAGCCGACGCAUACAAAUUUAUCAGACAUCGAGGCGCAUUGGGAGCUGCAUGCUCCCGCCGAUGACGUGCGGGUGCGCGACGCUCAUUGCCACGAGGCCGUCAUGUGGUUCGUGCACCAUCUCACGUCGGAAAACCAGCGACGAGUCCAGACUGACUUAGUGCUUCCGAUGUUGCCCAUCAACGACCACGCUAUUGAUUCGCAGCUUCGCGGUUCACAGGACAAAGCUGGCGCUUUCUACACGGCCAAGACCACGUGCCAGAAAUGCCACGUCGUCGGCCCUCCUGGCUCUUCCGUCGAUACCAAGACGGUACAAACGCCAAUACUCAGUUCAAGGUUUCAUGUCGGUUUCGUUGAGUACACGGCAAUGUUGAAACCGUUGCCGUGGCAGCAUGGAAAAACAAACAGCGGCAGUGUGCAUUACGAUUUUGAGGGCCGCAGGCAAGUCUGGUUUCACGGGAAAGGGCAGACCGACAAUUGGUGCCAGUGCGCUGGCCUGAAAACAGACGAGCCGUGCCACCUCAUUGCGGCCCCUUCGCAGGGCGAGAGUGGAGGCGGGGCGACAUACAUCGCAUUCAAGACGCUUGGCAAGUGUUGCAAGCUCGGCGCAUUUGAUCAAGGUUUCGGACCUCUGCGCCCCGACUGGCUCUCGGGCUCGAAGAGGACGGGCCAGGUCAGAGUCGGAAACCGGUCCUGCGAUAUUUGGUCUGGUGGUCCGCCAGGUGAUACGUUUAUGAUGGUUUCGGAUGAUUGGGGUGUCGACGAGAAGGGGCAUCCGUGUCAGUACUCGGACCAUUUCAAGUCGUGGGCGCGAGUGCUCUUCGGCAUGGCUCAUAACUACACGUUCGACGAUGCUACUUAUUCAGAGGCAGUUGAGCAUGAUGACGUGUUCGCGAUCCCCAGCGGCAUAGGCUGCGAGAAUGAGUGCCCCAACACGGCCGGUGGAUGGUGCAAGGCACCAGCGCCAAGCAAGGAGAUACUCGUUUGA